GUUCAAAUCGAACAACAAAGUUACAAUUGAUGACUUACUUUGUAAUAAUUUACUGUAGAACGAAAUAGUGUUUGUGUACAUGAAGCUUUACGUUUCGUUGCGCUUUCUACUUGCGGCGUAUAGAUGUCACCGGUCGGACGUAUUGAUUCAAUGUGCAUACUGGCCUGAUUCCUCGUAAUCGACCCGUUCAGUACACGGCACACCGAAACGUUCUUUUGAAUUGAACACUCUCAGCUGUGUCGGUGUGCCUGCCGUCGUCGAGAAAAGUGCGUUGUGCAGUGUAGAAGACAUCCGCGAAAUGGCUGGGCAAACGAUAAACGAUCGUUUACUCGCCGCGAAGCACAGCAUCGCCGGGCAGGGCCUCGCUAAAUCCGUGUGCAAGGCGACCACCGAGGAGCUGCUAGGCCCCAAGAAGAAGCAUCUCGACUAUCUUGUGCACUGUACCAACGAACCGAAUGUUUCCAUUCCGCAGAUGGCCAACCUGCUCAUCGAGCGGUCGCAAAGCACCAGCUGGGUGGUCGUCUACAAGGCGUUGAUCACAACGCAUCACGUCAUGUGCUAUGGUAACGAGCGUUUUACACAGUAUCUGGCCUCCAGCAACGUAUCGUUUCAGCUGUCGAACUUCGUCGAUAAGACGGGGGUUCAAAGUGCUGUUGGGGCACGCACCGGCUAUGACAUGUCGCCGUUCAUACGCAGAUACGCGCGUUAUCUCAACGAGAAGGCCCUCUCGUAUCGUGGGGUAGCGUUUGACUUCUGCAAGGUGAAGAGAGGCAAGGAGGAAGGUUCAGUGAGAAUGAUGAAUUCAGAGAACCUACUCAAGACACUUCCAGUUCUACAGAAUCAAUUAGAUGCUCUUUUAGAAUUUGAUUGCACUGCAAAUGAUCUGACUAAUGGUGUUAUCAACAUGUGCUUUAUGUUACUUUUUAGAGAUCUAAUCCGCCUGUUUGCAUGCUACAAUGAUGGAAUCAUUAAUUUGCUGGAGAAAUAUUUUGAAAUGAACAAAAAGCAAUGCAGGGAAGCCCUGGAUUUAUACAAGAAAUUUUUAAUCCGCAUGGAUCGCGUGGGCGAAUUCUUGAAAGUUGCUGAAAAUAUUGGCAUUGAUAAAGGUGACAUUCCGGAUUUGACUAAAGCACCAAAUAGUCUUUUAGAUGCUCUUGAACAACAUUUGGCUUCACUGGAAGGCAACACUCCAACUUCAGCCAGUAAUCAAAAGAGUCUAAAAAGCGGUGUAUCUGCGCUCUCUAACACUAGCAAUGCGUUUGCUGCAAGCAGUUCAAUAGAUGAUGCUUUGAAAGCAGCACUUUCUGAAGAAGAAGCUGCGAUGAAUCACUACAAGGCUAAUGUUGGCAGUCCGUCAAGCACCAAUCCUUUCUUGAGCUCGCCGGAAAAACCAGCCGCAGCAGCUGCUGCCCCAGCUCCAGUAUCGAAUCAAGCAAUUCUUGAUUUAUUCUCCGCUGAACCCACUCCUGCUGCAGCACCUCAGCCAGCGAAACCAACCAGCGCCUUGGAUGAUCUACUUAGUCUAGGCGGUAACCCGUUCCAAGAUAUGUUUGGCAAUGGUACAGCUGCGCCAGCCCCAACAAACGGUAAUAUGUUUGCUGCACCAGCGCCAGCACCUGCUCCAGCGCAAGAUUGGUCCAACGGAUUUGCUGCUCAGCCUGUUAACCCAAUGUUCCAACCACAGGCGCAACCUCAGGCAUUCACAGGUAGCGUGUUCAACAGUAACGAACCUUCUGUAUUUGAUCCACCAGGCACCAUGCCUGUGGCGGCACCAGCUCAGCCCGCAGUACCACAACCUCAGAAACAACCAGCCAAGUUAUUCACUGGUGAUCUAGAGAGCAGUCUGUCUUCCCUGGUUGAUAAUCUCACAAUGGACUCCAGCAAAAAUCAAUGGAACUCGCCGAAAAAUCAGCCAAAGAUGGGCACAGCACCGACCGCAGGUGGUUGGCAACAACAACAGCAACCGGGUGCUCAAUUUCGCCCUAUGGGGGGCGCGCCAGGAACGAUGCAAUAUCCCGCCGGUAUGCAGCCGAUGGGCAGUCCUCGAAUGGGCGCACCUGUUCAACCAGUGGCCCAACCUCCACCAGAAGCCAGUUUCGAUCCAUUUGGCAAUUUGUAGGAUUGCUAAAUGCGGCGAAUCUGCUGAAAUACUUACUUUACGCAAAGAAAGUAGUAAAACACUUCGUUCUUUAGUUUACAAAGAGCCAAAAAUUAAUUUAAUUAAUUUGUUAGUCAUUCAAACCGCGAUAUGAAUGAGAAUAGCUUGCAUUGUAAAUGUAUUUGUCGCCUUUUUUUCCUCAUAAACAUAAAGGAAGUCAGAGCAUUAAAAUGUACAUACACUCUAGAAGAAAGUAGUAGCAAGGAGUAUACUUUUGUUGAUUAAAAAUACUUGUGAUGCACCAUUAUAUUGGUUUAUGUUGUAAGAUAGUUAAUAAGUAGCAGAAUUUUAAAGAUCUGUGGUGUAUGCACCAUUUAUGAUUAAGUUAAUGCGUGGAUCAUUCAAGGUGCAACUCAACCUGAACAUUUUGGCAUUUAUAUUUUUACAUUCCAUUUGCAACAUUUCGAAUUUCAUUUGAGCUAGUCUAUGAAUUUUAAUUAUCUCUCUUGUGUGCUUCACUUUGUUCAAGGAGAGUGCUAAUACGUUCCUAAAACAAAUUAAAGUCUACGCAAAUUAUUUAUUUUUGUAAACAAUUGUUAGAUUAAUUUAAUUAAUCUGUUAUUUAUUUUUUUGCUCUAUUCUGUCGUGCUGUGUUGUAAAUUAUUUAAUUUGCUAAUACAAUUAAUUAACUUCCUUGAACGUGCAUAUUGUUGAAUUGUGUACGCCUUGUGCAGUAGAAACAAUGUAGUUCAUAGGUGCAACGAUGAGUUAUUUUGUAAAUAAUUACGAAGAACUAUGAAUGAAACAAAACAUACGUUUUGAAAUGGUACGCAACAUAGAUACGAGGAUAUUUAUAAAUUAAGUAAUUAAUAAGCAGAACGCGUUUUGUUUAUGUUGGCUGGCGAUGACAUUAUUCACGUCCCCUACGAACAAAAGGAUACGCAAAUGACGAAACAUACAACACGAAAAAGAAAGUAAACAAGAACUACCACGUACAUUGAUUGUAUAAAUUAGGUUUACGAGCACACUUGGUCAUUAUAAAAUAAUUGAUAUAAUUAUCAAUAGCGUACUAUACAGGAAGACAAAGCAAAUACCAAAAACAUUAUUAACCAAAAUAUUUACUAAGCCUCGUUGCAUAAUUGCUGCGAAUUCACAUCAUCAAUUAACUCGUGUCAUCACAUCAAUGUGUGGUAUAUUGCAACAACUAAAUAUCAAUCCUUAGGAUCACGGAUAGCAGUCGAAGAAAGUACAGGAAAGGAACUCAUGAAUAUUACUAACAAACUCAAAUGAAUAAAUUUAAACAAAAAAAAUAGUUAUAAGCAAGUACAUACUAUCAAAUAUUAAUUAGAGAAGACGUCUAGCAACAAAGGAAACUAUUGUAAACUAAGAUAAUGAUAAUUACCAAUGCAGAUUACGAAGUGCGUACAUGUAUAUGAAGUCAGGGGUCAGUUGUGAACCAUGGAUUAUAAUGAGAAAUAUGAGAUACAAAGAUUAUUGAAUAUAAUAUUGAAUGAUGUAAUCAAUAUGUGACAAUAUAUUUAAAUGCUGUUAAUAAAAUAAAUUAUGCUUACAUGUUAUAA